GUCCUCUCCCACCCACCGCCGACCUCACCGUCCACCUCACCCACCACCGCCGACCUCAUCCCUCCCUCCCCUCACCAUCUCUCCCUACCCUAACUCAAAUCAAUGCCCUCUCAUCCUCUCCCCCGGUUCAGACCGACCACCGUCCACAACCCCCACCCGAUUCAGAUCGACCACACCUUACCGGAGAGUGAGAGGCGUCGCCCCCAGCGACUACGGCUGGCUUGCUCACCGGCAUGUGUGUGCGUGCUUCAAAUCCUUCGAUGUGCGGCGCUCCAUGGGGCUGGUGGACCGCGACGCGCGCGUGGAUUGCCUAGGGUUGGCGGUGGCAGUGCUGCACGCCGUGUCUCCGGCCACCAUGACGGUGACAGCACGAACCUCGGAGACCGUCAUCCACCUCCCGCUGCAGGACGAGUUCGUCGUCUUCCCACGGCCCGCCCGCUCCUCGACCGCCUCCCUGGCACGGCGCGCCCCCACCUCUCCGUCUCCCCCUUGCCCUUCGCCCCCACCAACUCGGUCCGCUUCGCCGCCCGCAGCGGUGGCUCCCGCGCUGUCUCCCUCCGCGCCUCCGUGCCGCCAGGACGGGGAUGCAUCCAAGGUGGAGUAUAGGGUGUGGAACCCCUUCAGAUCCAAGCUGGCUGCUUGUGUGCUCGGUGGCUCCUGGAACACGUGUGUUGUACCUCGGAGCUGCCUUUGGAACAACCGUGUCUCAUGUGUCUGACAUUGUUGGACCGACUGGGUUGGUGUAUGCCAUUGAAUUAUCUCACCGGAGUGGUAGGGAUCUUGUCAACAUGGCCAAGAAGAGGACCAAUGUCAUCCCCAUCACUGAGGAUGCUAGGCACCCGACAAAGUAACGGAUGCUGGUCAGCAUGGCUCAAGCUGUACCAGAUCAG